CCCAAUCCUCAGUCCACUUCUUCUUAUUAUCAAGACUAUCAAGACUACCACCAGUUCCAUCAGCAUGGGAAUAAAUACAAGCAUCACAGCAGCCCAAGCGGCUAUAGCAGCUCCAGCAUCUGUAGCAGCAUGUCACAGAGCUCACGCUCAAGUUCUCCAACAACACCUUCACAUUCAAAUGUUCCUUACAGCCUUGAGCAAGUACAUUUCAUUCAGUACUACCGAGAGGACAAGAAAGUGCAAUGGCAAGCCAUCGUCCAGCCCUUCAAGAGACAGUUCCCCCGAGUUGUCUUCCAUCAGAGCAGCAGCAGCAGCAACAGCCCAAAGCGCGGAAAGGGAGCCCUGGAAUGCCGCUACUACCGGGCGCAAAUGUUCCCCAAAAUCGAUGACGAGGGUAAUUUCGUUCGCGACCAUAAUGACGAAUAUGAGAUGGUGAACAUCAAGGUGCGGGAGAGGAUAAACCAUCCCUACAAAGCCAUUCUUGAUGAUUAUAUCAAGCUGGUAACCAGGUGUCCCGAGGAGGUACUGAAGUACUCAUGGACGGACGAGAAGGACAAAGCAGAGGCCAGGGAUAUCAUUGCCAAUCGCGCAAGACAGGGCAGAGGGGAACUUCCAGGAGCUAUUAUUCGAGUCCGAACAACAACCUUCUGA